UCCACAAUUCUGUUAGCUGCAGUUAAAGAACACGCAAUGGAUCUACCAGUGAAGCGGCUCAUAUUCGGUCUGUGCAUAUUUGUGGGCAUCUGGAGUUGCCAAAUCGUUGAAGUAAACAGCUCUGGCUGCCAUUAUUUCAGCAAAGACCAGCUGGACUGGUUCGAUGCCCUGUAUUUCUGUCAGCGUUUGAAAAUGUGUUUGGCUGACAUGAGCACAAGAGUUUCCUUCGAGGAGCUCGAGAAUAAACAGACGGAACGCGCAGAAUUUUGGAUCGGCUUGAACGUGUAUGAGAAACUCGACUUUUCAUACGUAUCCAAUAACAAGAUCAAGCAAUACGUGCCGCCUCAAUCGGAACUUUCGUUAGACAAAGCCUGUGCGUACAUAAAACCUCUAGCAAGUGGUUCGUACGCCAUUGGCACAAGCAGUUGCGGGAGGGUCAAACGAUUUGUGUGCACCCCGACCAUAAGGUGCAAUGGAAUUGCGACGAACAGCAGUACAGUUUUCAGCCAAGCCCACAACAUUCCCUGCAAGAUGAGCGCUGAAGUAACCAACAUAAUUGCUCUCCAAAAGCCAUGAACUUUUACUGCUUACAGCUGCUGCUAUUUUAAUAAAUUACUCUGGCUCAGAACCACUCA